AGAAUGAGUCAACCACGAAAGUCAAAAGCUUCUUGAUUACGCAGCAGGUUUUAAAAACCUUUUUGAUAUACAACGAUGAUAGCUUACAUACAUACACCUUUUGAGACAGAUACGUGCGCACGUUAGCUAAGACCACCGCGAACAGAACACCACCGUCUCGUCUCGUCUCGUCUCAAAACGCAGCGUAGUACUCAUCAUGGCUUCGUCGGAGCCACUUGACCUGAUUGUUACCGUCGUCUCGGCUAAGCACCUGAAGAACGUCAACUGGCGUAACGGUGACCUGAAACCCUACGUUGUUCUGUACCUUGACCAAGACCAGCGUCUCUCCACCCGUUCAGACGAUUCCGCCUCCGUCAAACCGGUGUGGAACGAGCGGAUCACUCUUCCUCUCACCCGAUCUGUCCACGAAUCGGUCCUCAACAUCGAGGUUUUUCAUUCCAAUUCCAAUUCUUCGGAUCUGGCAAAAACCCUCGUUGGAUCGGUUAGGUUUCCUCUAGCUCGCUUGAUUGACUCGGACGGGUCGAUCAUUCCGGAAUUGAUCAACUCGCUUGAGCUGGUUCGUCCAUCGGGUCGACCUCAGGGGAAGAUACGCUUGAAGCUCUCGAUCAAAGAUAGACCAAUCCCUCCACCGCAGCAACAUCCUCCUCCUCCGCCACGUCCUCAAUCACAACCACUAGAUUACUAUUCUGCCCCUCCAAACAACCAUUAUUACUCCCCUACCCCUCCCCCUCCUCCUCCCCAAGCUCCGUCUCCGUCUCCUCAGCGUGACUACAGAGAAUUCUCGCAGUCACCGUCACCGUCUCCUUACCAGUUCACUGAUCACUACUACUCGGGGUACUAUUUCCCGCCUCCUCCUCCACGUUCAAUGUACGAUCGUGCCUCCAACUACGGCAUGCCAAGUGGUGGCCCAUCUGCUCCAGCCGAUGCUUUCUCAUCGGCUGAUCACAAGCAGCCUCCUUUUGUUAUUCCUCCUCGGUAUUCUAACUACGCUCCACCGCCGAGUGGGCCAUCAGCUCCCGUUGAUGCCUUUCCCGUUAACGAUUACAAGCCAUCACAGGCUCCUCCUGCGGGCUCAAGAUUGUCUAGCUACGGAGUGCCUAGUGGCCCAUCUGCGCCAGUGGAUUACUCUCCUUAUGAUCACAGGCAGUUUCAGAAGUCGUUGGGUGGAUUGAACUUGGAUGAAGAGAGAGGUGCUGCUGCUGCAGAAAGGUCUGAGAGCGACUUUGCAACUAGGCCACACUACAGCUAUGGCCGUGAUUAUCGCCGUGAAUGUUGAGGAUGGAAUACGCUGUUGAUUUCCAUAAGUGUGUGACUUUUUUAUAUAAGGCUUUACCUAUCAUCAGAUUUACAAGUUCAUCUUGGUGUUUCCAAGAAAGAAAUGGCUGAUAAUAUGAAUUUGAUGAAGGAUAUGAUAUAUGUCUAUUAUUAUGUAUGUCUCGUUUGCGAAUUGAUUGGCUGCAUCUUUCUCUUUAUUCGGUUUCUGUAUGUGUCUGGGGAACAAGACUUAUGACACCUUUUGUACCUUUGUACAUGUUUCUAAUAUAUCUCUAGUUUCUUC